UGGCCCGCCUGCCUGCAGUUUCCAGUUUAGAAAGACUUCUUGGAAAGGCGUCUGGAGGGGACGGGAGAAAGGAACCCGCUGGCUUUCCCCUCUCUUCCGUGCUGCUAAUUAACUUGGAAAGAAGGCGUUUCCCGCACUUGAGCGUUCUCCCUUGGCAGCAGGAACCUUCCUCGGAGCAUGUGAGGGUUUACUUGUGAGUAAAGACGCCUGAGGUCGGAUUGCAACGCUGCUUUGCUUCUUCUCUGCACCUUGAGUUCAUUGGAUCUUGUGAAUUGCUGGGAAUUUGGAAGGAGACUCUGAGGAAGAAAGAAGGGGUGAGAGGUAGAGGCGGAAUCCAAAAGGGAUGGAAACCGAACUAGCUCCACCUUGCAUCGUUCAGCAGACCCACUGCCCACAAAUGCAGGAUCCUACUCCGGCAGAGGUCUUUCCCCCGCCUGUGCAGGUUCCCAAAAAAAUACCACCAAUCAAGCCUUGCUUUAAGAAGAAGCCACAAGUGCAAAAGAGACUGGAUACGGAAGCGCUGCGCGCUUUACGGCCCAUCUUUACUAGUUUGCUUGGUGCUGGCACCUUGGAUGGAAUCUUUGUGCCCAGGGGACAGAGCCGUGGCCAUAGUAACUUGUGCGAACCUGUUGUGAAAAAAAAUCUGGCGGCGCCCGUUCCAUGCCCGCAACCAGACAACAAUGGACCAGUGCUGGUGGCAGGAGCCUCGAGCGUCCAGGGACAGAUAUCCGAUAGCCAUCCUGAGCAGGAGGCCCAGCCUGGUGAACAGGGCUUCCCCUCUGUUACCUCUCCUAACGAGCCAUUCCAGGACCGCUCCUUGCAUGCUGCCUCCAGUGAUGCUGCUGCCUUUCUUUCAUGCCCUGACAAGAUACUUGAAGGUUACCCUCCUGCUGCAGUGCUCCAGGACAACAAUAGCAGCACCUGCCUAGUCCAGAGUAACACAAACCCAAGUGAUAUGUUUGGGACUGGCCUUUUCCAGAACAAAAGUGAGGAGGCUUCGCUUGAUCUUGUGUUUGAACUGCUGAACCAGCUGCAGUAUCACACUCACCAGAAGGACGGGAUUGACAUCUGUGUGGAUUUCCUGCAAGGCAUGUGCCUCUAUGGAAGCGAUUGCCCCAAGCAUCACACUGUUUUGCCCUAUCAUUGGCAGGUCAGGAGGACUGCGACCCAAAUGUGGCAGAGCGUGACUACUGACUCACAAGAGCAUCUGGAACGACUGUAUUGCAAUCCUGACAAUGACAAGGUCAAAAUAAGAUACCGGGGUCAUGAGUAUUUAGUAGACUUGAACACGCUGACGUUUUACGAUACAACAGAAUUUGACCAGUUAAGAAGGCUGUCGACACCUUUGUGUACAAGUGCCAAUUCCAACUACUACACCAUUUGGAAAUAUUUCUGCAGGGAUUACUUCGGCUGGAGGGAAUAUUCAGAGCCUGUUGUACGAUUGAUAGAAGAAGCUAACUGCCGAGGGCUUACAGAGGUUCGGUUUGUUACGUGGCACAACCGCUACAUUUUGAACAUUAAAGAUGGCUUCCAGCAAAAUGCAAGUGUUCGAAGAGAAAUCAAGAAAAGACCUCUUUUCCGUUCCUCUGUGAUCCUCAUGCCGUACUUGCAGACUCUGGGUGGCAGCCCAAUGAUAACACCAAUAGCCGAGUGCAUCUCUUCCCAUGUCGUAUCCCCAGCUGCUGUUACCUCUGCAAACUUCUAUCCUGAAACUUGGAUUAACAUGGAUCCAUCUCAGGACUUCAUUCAAGUGCCUGUUUCAAAAGAAGACAAAAGCUACAGAACCAUUUAUAAUCUUUUUCAUAAGACUGUGCCAGAGACCAAAUACAGAAUUUCAAAAAUAUUGCGAGUUCAGAACCAGUUUCUAUGGGAGAAAUACAAGAGAAAAAAGGAAUACAUGUCUAAAAAAAUGACGGGACUUGACAGGAUCAUGAACGAGAGACAUUUAUUCCAUGGGACGUCCCAGGAUGUGGUUGAUGGUAUUUGUAAGCACAAUUUUGACCCCCGGGUGUGUGGGAAGCAUGCCACCAUGUUUGGGCAAGGCAGUUACUUUGCCCGGAAAGCAAGCUACUCACAUAACUUCUCCAAGCGGUCGCCCAAAGGGAUUCAUUACAUGUUUCUGGCAAAAGUCCUGACAGGAAGAUACACCGUAGGCAAUCACACAAUGAGGAGACCUCCACCUGUCAAUCCUGCCAGCAUCACCAGUGACCUGUAUGACUCUUGCGUGGACAACUUUUUUGAGCCUCAGAUCUUUGUCAUUUUUAAUGACGACCAGAGCUACCCCUAUUUUGUUAUCCAGUAUGAAGAAGUUAGUAACACUGUCGUGAUCUGAAAAAGAAUAUAUAUAAUAUAUAUAUUUCAUGUUGAUAAGUUAUUGUUGUAACAAACUUUAACCUAGUAUUUGUAGAAUGGACCCCUUUUGUUGGGGACAGAAAAGGAAAACAGUGGUGGAGCUUUUAAUAGGUAAAGGUUUGAGCAGGGAUAGGGUGGGGAAAAUAAACAUUUUUUAAAAACUCUUGACAAGACCAAUUGUGCACUUGCUCUUUUCUGUGCAAACUGUAAAUAUUUUUCCAUUGUUUAUAGUCGAGAUAAAAAAACCUGUG